AUGACGGUGAUGACGGUGGCUUCGCCACAGGCUCAAGAAGAUGGGGUGCAGAAGACUGCUGAUAGGGAGGAGAAGCCAGAGGAGGUGCCGCAAGUUGAUGAAGUGGCUGCUGGGAUCCAGGCUUUGGCUAUGGAUCAAGUUGUGGAGUUCACCAUGGAAGACGUGGCGGCAGGUGUGCAGUGGGCAAAGAUGAGCUUGCUGGGGAGGUUGUUCAUGGAUAACCCGCCGAGUCUGGCUGUUAUCAGUAAGAUUGUGAAUGGUGAAUGGAAUUGUGCGGUGGAGGUCAGGGUUCUUGCUGCUGAAAGGGGGCUUCUGCAAUUCUUCUUUGCAGAUGAAGCUGAUCGGGAUUGGGUCCUUAAGAGAUCGCCAUGGACAGUGAAGGAGAGGGUGCUGCAAUUGAAGCCUUGGUGUCAAAUUACCAAGGAGGUGGUCGAUUCCUUCAUCAUGGUCCCGUUUUGGGUCCAGAUGUGGGGGAUUCCGAACCACUGUCGUACUGUGGCCUUCGGGAAGAGGGUGGCUGGGUCGAAGAUUGGGAAGGUCUUGGAGGCCGGUGCUUUUGCCAUCCAGGGGAUCUCGGGGCACUUUAUUAAGACGAAGGUUCUGCUGGACAUCACUCAACCACUUCGCUCUCAACUCUAUGCAAGCAACCCGUUGGUCGGUGAGUUCUGGGUCACACUGGUUUAUGAGUUCCUACCACUGUUAUGCUACCAUUGUGGGAGGUUGGGGCAUAUGGCCCCAAACUGCGUGUAUCCAGACCCGGUGGGAAUAGAGCACUACGGCCCUGAACUUAGUACAGACAUCAUCGGCUAUCGAGUGGAGGAGGCAGCUGUCGUGCCUUUCCCAUUGCGCCAGCCGGCGCAGUCGUCGGUGUGGGUCAACCCCAAUUCUGGCGCUAAUGCAGCAGGAGGUGGGAAGCAGAAACGGGGCCGGGAAACAGAGGAGGAUCCGACAGGUGGGCGCGGCAAAUCUGUGGUGUUGGGUCUGCCUGCUCAAGGGAGUAUGGAGCGGGGGAGUGGUGAUGUGCAAGGGAAGUCGGGCCAGGGGCAGGUGAACAGGGGAAAUGUGGAUGGUGGUAGCGGUGGGUAUCGGGGGCAAUUUGUGAAGGGGAAAGGCAAGGGUGGUCAGGGCACUUACCAGCAGGCUAGUAGAGGGAUGUAG